AUGUCUCUGAACACGCUUCCCAACGAGCUACUUCUGCAGGUGGAAUCAUAUAUUGAAAUGCAAACCGACCUCGCAGCACUAAUUCAAGUCAGUCGUCGAGUCUAUAAAUUACUGGUGCCGUGUCUAUACCGGCGUGAUGCAACCGCCGCCUUGCUAUACGAGGUUCAGAACGACCUCUAUUCCAUCGCCUGCAAGGCGCUUCAGGCCGGGGCCGACCGCAAUGUCAGGUCUCGCGACAAAAGACGACCGGUGAUCAGUCUCACAGCUGAGAAUGGAUCCCUGGAAAUGGCCCGGCUUCUGCUGGGGGCGUCAUCUCCGUCACCGUCACCGUCACCGUCCCCGCCACCGCCGCCGGUCGAUCUUAAUAUGAUUGACAAGAACCGAUACACAGCCCUAUUGCUCGCAGCAGCCAUAGAACAUGCUGCACUAAUCAAGCUUCUCUGGCGCACGGGGCCGACCCAAUAA